UAGUAAUUUAAGUCAGUGGUAGAGUCAAAGUCAGUUGUUAUACAGCCUUAGCAGGAAAAAGAAAGCUGGUGAGUAAAGUCUUUUUAAUUUUAUCUCCUUAAGUUUCUUUUUCAAUUCAUUUCAUCUAUAAUCUUCAGUAGCAUCGAAGAGAAGUAUUCGGGACAUAUUUUUUUAAUUGAAGUUUGCGAUUUUCGAAACUACCUAACAUGCUUAUUUUACUUUCCACAACACCGAUCUAUUAUAAAUUCGAUUUCCUUUCAUAGUUUACUAGACUUGAACCACUUUCCAAAAUACUUUGAAUUCCUUUUCUUCGCUGUUUGUUACUCUUUUAAUUAUUUGCCUUCCUUGUUAUUUCCUCGUGACCACCGAGUCUGAGAACCUAUUCUAAGGACCCUUUUCGAUUUAAAGAGGGGUUAUAUCCAAUACAAUCAGCUAAUGGUUUUCUUGUUUGCAGGUAAGAUGAAUUGCAAUUUACUGACUGUUUUACUCGUCGCAUUAGUGGGCUGUGCACAGGCAAGAUCAACAAAAAGUAAGAGUUCCCAUUCUGACUAUGUGAGUGUUUAACGUGUCAACCAUGUCCUUGAAAGAGAACCACUGAUCAAAAAAAUUCCAGUCACAAGACAGGGACUGGAGAGUAACAAUUAUUAAAGGGAGAGUAACCUUGAAAGCUUUCAAAACCGACAUUAAGCUUCUCGACAUAUUUACAGAGCUACAUGCCGUAAUGGAAAUUUAUUACUUCUCGUCAAAACUAUGUGAUGACGUUGGCAGGUACCAAUGUCGAAUUUCCUUUUUAUUCUUAAUAUGUUCCUCCUGAUUUUAAACCAAAGUUUUAAAAUUUGGUUUGAAACAUUUUUUUUACACUGGAAUGAGAACAAUCCUGAUGAUCACAUUCCAAGCUCUCACUUUUUCAAAUUUAGUCAUAAAAAUAUAUAAUUACUUGGAAUAAAAUCAUUAUAAAAUUGUUCAAGUUUUCAACUAUUUUAUAAUGCAUCUGGCCUAUCCUGUCCAAUUUUCCUUCAUAAACAACCCGUUAUUAGUUACUUUCUCGGUGGAGGAUAAAUUUCUGCUGAAAAUAAGAUUAUCUUUACCAAAUCUAUCAAUCGCUGCCAUGUAUCAAGCGAAAUGCUAAUUCUUUAAACGAUAUUUCAUCAGAUGCAAAAAGCUGUUGCCCGUGUUGCCCACCUCCUCCACCGCCAAUGAUGCCACAGAUACCGGCGCAACAGGGAUGUGGUGAGCCCCCACGAGGUGUCGGAUGUGCGCCACCCUUGCAAGCCCCCUGCCCUCCUGGACCACCGAUGGGAAUGCCCCCAGCAGCACCCCCGUGCAUGCCAAUGGCACAACCAAUGGGACUACCAGUACCACCACCAUUAACUAUGGGACAACCUGGUUGUCUUGAGAGUCCUCGUCAAGGAUGUAUUGGUCUCCCUCCUGCAUCACCCCCAUGCUCACCUCCACCUCGUGCACCACCAGCACCAUGCCCACCUCCUCGAGCCCCUCCUUCUUCAAAAUGCUGCCCUGCCCCGGCAUGCUGCAAAAAAUCGCACAAAUCACAUUAACUUGUCACAGAUCAAUAAUGUACCG